AUGCCACCACAAGACUCUGAAGGUUGGUUCUACAAGCGUGCCGCCUCCGUUGCCAGACACAUCUACAUGAGAAAGCAAGUCGGUGUUGGUAAAUUGAACAAAUUGUACGGUGGUGCCAAGAGCAGAGGUGUCAGACCUUUCAAGCACAUUGAUGCUUCCGGUUCCAUCAACAGAAGAGUUUUGCAAGCUUUGGAAAAGAUCGGUAUUGUCGAAAUCUCUCCAAAGGGUGGUAGAAGAAUCUCCGAAAAUGGUCAAAGAGAUUUGGAUCGUAUUGCCGCUCAAACUUUGGAAGAAGACGAAUAA